UCACUGGCGAGAUGACGUCACGUGAUAGGGUGGCCAUCUCUCUCAUGUCGUAACUUAGCGCUUGGAACCGAGAAGUUGGUACGUCGGCUCCGAGUUGAAGCUCGCCCAGUGACCCGGCGUGACCAGGUGGUAUACGACUCCGUCCAAGCACCAUGAACAUGCCAUGGAAGAUCAGGGAGAUUGUGGACAAGGCCACAAACAUGGUGAUGAAUUACACGGAGAUGGAGGCCAAAGUGCGGGAGGCGACCAACGACCAGGCUUGGGGACCACCCGGACAGUUGAUGCAAGAGAUAGCACAGGCGACCUUCUCCUACGACAACUUUCCAGAGGUUAUGGGUAUGCUCUGGAAGCGAAUCUUACAAGACAACAAGCGCAACUACAGGAGGCCCUAUAAAGGUCUCCUGCUGCUCGAUUACCUGGUGCGCAACGGCUCCGAGCGUGUGGUCACUUCGUCGCGAGAACACAUCUACGACUUGCGGAGCCUCGAGAAUUACACGUGUAUCGACGAGCUAGGCAAAGACCAGGGACUGAACGUACGGCAAAAAGUGCGCGACCUCAUCGACUUUAUUCAGGAUGACGAUCGGCUACGCGAAGAGCGUAAAAAGGCCAAGAAAGCGAAGGACAAAUACAUCGGCCUGUCGGGAGAGUCGUUAGGUUUUAGUCGGUAUGCCGAUCGGAAGAAAGGUGACAUGGAUGAUUUUGAGUUGGGCAGUGGUACGGGAUCGCGAUUUAGCAGACGGCGAUCCAGUUUCGAGGACUCGCCCGAGAACAGCAACGACGAGGGCGAUUCGGAUAGGGCGCCUUAUAAGGAUGAACCCAAGAGUACGUGGAAGGCAACUUCGAAGAAGAUCGACCUGGGAGCAGCUGCCAAUUUUGGCAAGGAGAGCCCUCAAAGAAGUCCUUCGAAAGCAUCAGGAGGUGACCUCCUGUGCGAUACGACGGACAUAUCUAAUAAGGAGAAGUGGCCGAGCAAUGGCACAACCUCCGGCGACACAUCUCUUGCAGCCAACGAGGACUUUGCGGACUUCAGCGACUUUCAAGGGGCUGCUACCAAUGCCGUGACAGCGACUGCUAGCCACGACGAUUUCUCCGACUUCGCCUCGUUCCGCACGGCAGCUUCGAGCCCCGACUUACUGGACACCCCCCUGCAGUCGCCUGCCCCCGCGAGGCUACCUCAAAGCCCGCUGGAAGCAACAGGGAAUCUCCUAGGCCCACCCGUAUCCCAGCUUCUCACAAUGCCCCCUCAGCAACACGUGGGCCCCCCGGGCAUGCUACAGCGACCGAUGCCGCACGGGCUGUUUCCCAUGCAGAACACCUUGAUGCAAAGUCCCACCAUGCCAAACCCUCUAAUGCAGAGCUCCCUAGUACAGAGCCCUUCGAUGCAGCACGUGACGAUGCAGAGUCCAACGUUUCCUCCGACGAACCCGGGAAUGAUGUCCUCUCCGCUCACGCCCACGACCCCAGUUCUCAUGCCGCAGUCCACGCCACAGUCCCUGUUCGGCUGCCCCACUUCGCCCAUGGCGGCCGACGGCGGAGGCGCGAACAACACGUGGAGCAACACGGGCAGCAUCAACAUUAGCGUGGACAAUCUGAGCCUGGCCAACAAGUACGCCAAGGCGCAGGCCCCCUCGAUGAACCAGCUGGCGGGAAGACCAACCUGGCCCCACUGAUACACCGACGGAGAGGUUAUCGAGCAUUCCACGGGUGGGGCAGAGCGGCCGCGUCUUCCACUCUACCUAUCCACAUAACCUAGGCAGCCCGAGCAAAAAAAAAAAAAAAAUUUUUUUCUAACUGCAAGGGUGGUGACCUAACCAAUGAGAAAGGCUGCUCGUACCUGUGGCUGUUGACGGGAAAUCCGUCUUUUUAAUAAAGGAACACAAUGGCUUCACUGUUCAGUGCUGCGUGUAAUAGUCAUGAAAGUCCAGCAGGGGUCGCUUUGUGUACACGCUCGUUCGCUUGCAACAACAUGGGGGGGGGGGGUGCAUGAUUGGCGUGUUGUACUUUUCCCCCGUUGUCUGUUUCCGAGAUGACCUGUGUCUUGUUGAUCUGUUGUUCGCUAAAGAAAAUUAUUAUUUUUUUCUAAAUGGGUUCUCCUUCGUUUGUGACGCAGUUUUGUCUGUGCCAUCAGUAUGCGCGUCCAGUGCACUCUGUAAGUCGUAAAUUGUAGAGACGGAUGCGUGAAACAGUUCUACGUGGGGCGAGAUCAUGCCGGUUCACUUAUGCUGAGUGUUUCAUUUCAUGCAAACUUUUUUUCCUUCGUAUUCUACAAAAUGAGUAUGAAAUAUGAGGAAUGAUGUAUAAAGAACACGAGCCGUGAUUACAACUUGUACAAUUUCUGGCUGCAUAGCAGCGAUCCACAUACUGGCGGAACACACAAAACUGAGCCCCGCUGGCGUCACAAAGUGAUGAAACCAACCCAUAACAUAGAUUUAUAUGUACAUACUACACCUUGUGCAUGUUUUGAGGUUACCUUAAAGGUAUUGUCUGUGAUUGGGUCAGGUAUCGCCACCUUUGUUUCACGUCGUGUUUGUCGAAUAGGGUGUUGCCUUUGAAAGGAAAGCCUGUCUCUACGUACUUGUAUUUUUAUACUUUUUAUGCAUGUAAUGGCUGUCAUUGGUUUUUGCUUUGCUUAAUUUUUUGCUCGGUUGAGACUGCUCUUAAUUCUUUGUUAUGCCUUUUUUUUAUUCGUGGGUACUGUUUAUGUGAACAAGGAUUAUCUUGCCCAAUAAAUUUUUCUGGGCUGUCA